AGGACAGUUUGAAAGGCAGGAAGGCAGAGAGUGCACCUGGGAGGAGGCAGGGGGAGGGUGAAGGGCGGGGGCCGGCUCGGCCUGGAGCCUUCCGGGUGGGCAUCCUGGGCAGGGCAAGUGACUGAGGAGUGGAGGGGGAGGAUGCGCCUCUCCAAAACCCUGGUCGACAUGGACAUGGCCGACUACAGUGCUGCGCUGGACCCAGCCUACACCACCCUGGAAUUUGAGAAUGUGCAGGUGUUGACGAUGGGCAAUGACACAUCCCCAUCAGAAGGUGCUAACCUCAACGCGACCAACAACCUUGGCGUCAGCGCCCUGUGCGCCAUCUGUGGAGACCGGGCCACAGGCAAACACUACGGCGCCUCAAGCUGUGAUGGCUGCAAGGGCUUCUUCCGGAGGAGCGUGAGAAAGAACCACAUGUACUCCUGCAGAUUUAGUCGGCAGUGCGUGGUGGACAAAGACAAGAGGAACCAGUGCCGCUACUGCAGGCUCAAGAAGUGCUUCCGGGCUGGCAUGAAGAAGGAAGCCGUCCAAAAUGAGCGGGACCGGAUCAGCACUCGCAGGUCAAGCUAUGAGGACAGCAGUCUGCCCUCCAUCAAUGCGCUCCUGCAGGCGGAGGUCCUGUCCCAGCAGAUCACCUCCCCUGUCUCUGGGAUCAACGGAGACAUCCGGGCAAAGAAGAUCGCCAGCAUUGCCGACGUGUGCGAGUCCAUGAAGGAGCAGCUGCUGGUGCUCGUUGAGUGGGCCAAGUACAUCCCAGCUUUCUGCGAACUUCCCCUGGACGACCAGGUGGCCCUGCUCAGAGCCCAUGCCGGCGAGCACCUGCUUCUCGGAGCCACCAAGCGCUCUAUGGUGUUCAAGGACGUUCUAUUACUAGGUAAUGACUACAUCAUCCCCCGGCAUUGCCCGGAGCUGGCAGAGAUGAGCCGGGUGUCCAUGCGCAUCCUGGAUGAGCUGGUGCUGCCUUUCCAGGAGCUGCAGAUCGAUGACAAUGAGUAUGCCUGCCUCAAAGCCAUCAUCUUCUUUGAUCCAGAUGCUAAAGGUUUGAGUGACCCGGGUAAGAUCAAGAGGCUGCGGUCCCAGGUGCAGGUGAGCCUGGAGGACUACAUCAACGACCGCCAGUAUGACUCACGUGGCCGCUUCGGCGAGCUGCUGUUGCUGCUGCCCACCCUGCAGAGCAUCACCUGGCAGAUGAUUGAGCAGAUCCAGUUCAUCAAGCUCUUCGGCAUGGCCAAGAUCGACAACCUGCUGCAGGAGAUGCUGCUGGGAGGUCCGUGCCCCGCCCCGGAGGGGCAGAGAGGAUCCUCCAGUGAUGCAACCCAUGCCCAUCAUCCCCUGCACCCUCACCUGAUGCAGGAACACAUGGGCACCAACGUCAUUGUUGCCAACACGAUGCCUACUCACCUCAGCAACGGACAGAUGUGUGAGUGGCCCCGACCCAGGGGGCAGGCAGCCACCCCUGAGACUCCACAGCCCUCACCACCAGGUGGCUCAGGGUCUGAGCCCUACAAACUCCUGCCAGGAGCCAUCACCACAAUUGUCAAGCCCCCGUCUGCCAUCCCCCAGCUGACCAUCACGAAGCAAGAAGUCAUCUAGCAAGUCGCCGGGGGUCAGGGGCUCUGCUGGCCCUCCAGUCCCCUCUGAGAGCCCCUGGUAGUCACUUGGUCACAGGGCUGGGAGCUGUGACAGUAGGGCCAGUCCCAAAGCAGUAGUGAAAAGGGCAAAGGGCCCAAGAACUUGGGCUGUGGGCCACGACACAUUGCCCCCCUCCUCUGCUCUGGACGAUGGGGCCUUGACUUGGGGAGAUCCCAGCUGGAGAAUCCUCUGCUGCCUUGGACAACGUUUCUCUUGCCGAAGCCACUGCCUUCCCUUCAUCCAUAUCUACCCCCAGCUGCUUCACCUGCUGCCUAGAGAUGAUGUGGGACCUUGCUCAAGCCCAGCUCUCUUCCCCUCAGGCCGGUACUGCUCCCUGAGUGCUGUCAUCGUGUCUAGGACCUUUUUCUCUCUUUGCUCCCCAACUCUGAGGGAUGAGUGUCAAGAUUCUGCCAUUCCAGGAGUGGGCCAGUUGCGGGGGGGAGGCAGGGGAAGGUCUGGGUUUGAGACUUGCUCUGGGGAGCAUCACUCAGGGUACAUUCUAGAGCCAUUAAACCCCAGGAUGAAACAGCCCAUGCCUCCAUCCAUGCAGAAUAUUGGUGACUUUGGGGAAUUCUGAAAAAUGCCACUUUCCCAUGGCAAUUAAAGCUGGGACCAGACUGGGACCAGAGCUGUGCUUUGUAGGAGGAUGAAUAGUUAGACGGGUUAUCUACCCCCCAGCCAGGGCUAACCCUUCUGAAUAGACGGGGCAGUACCCCAGUGCCUCCCAAUUCCAUCAUUAGCGAUUGUUUCUUUUGGCAAAAGAGGCAUAAAGGGUAUUUGGACAGUAUGUCCAAGAGAAAUCUUUGCCUCUCCAGUGCUAUGAGGAUUGGCCUUCCCCACUCCAGCAAGCCAAAUCCCCAAUCCCAGGAGAGUGUUCCCUGCUCUGAGCUCUCUAGCCUUCCUUAGCCACAUCUCAUUUCAAUUCCCCAGAAAUCCCAGCCAGGGGGCUCAGGCUAGUGUGGCGUGAGGUAGGGAAGCUGGAGUCAUUCUGCUCAUCAUGGUCAUUCCUACUGUUUGCUCUUCCACCCCCCAAUGUCAUGGGAGGCAAGCUGAGGUAAGAAUUUCCCAUGGGGUCGAGUGGGGCAACAGUGGCUUUUAAUGGUAGCAAUUAUCUGGGGCAGGAGGCAGUCCUCUGCCCAAGUCAACUCUUCCUGGAGGAGAAAUCCAUUCCACUUUUAGAAUUUUUAUUGCAAUUUUAGGAAA